AUCACAGUCGAGCAUACCAGCGCUGUGCAUCGCCUCAUUCGGUACAGAACUCACUGGAGUAGUUGACAAUAUUAAAGCUAUCGGCCAGAUAUGCCACCGAGAAGGCAUGUGGUUUCACGUCGAUGCUUCCUAUGGUGGAGGAGCUCUACUGAUUGACGGCAAUGAA